GUGGCGUCGCCGCCGCACGGGACGAGCCACGCCCGCCCUUUCUCUCGCGUCACUGCAGCCGUCCGUCCCAGCCACAGCGCCUCCCCCGCCCACCGCCGCGGCCCGCGACCAGCAACGGACGCCUCUCCCUGCCAAAAGGCCAAAAAUUUCCCCCUCCCCUCUCCCCUUCCACGCUCCAGUCUCCUCCUAGUCUCCCACACACCCAUCCCCUCCCCCGUCCCCUGAAUCUCGAGCCAAUAAACCCUAGAAUUCCCCCUCCCCCGCCCCCCUCGAUGCGCUGACCUGAAUCCUAGCAAGAUUUGCGUUUGCAUUGCUAUGUCAUUUGGGAGUUUCUCAUAGAACAAGCCCGGUUACAUAAGAUGAGCACAGGAUUCAGCGCAGAGAUCUUUGUGCAGAAGCUUGCGAAGCUUAAUAUUGCACAACAGAGUAUAGAGACUUUAUCACACUGGUGCAUCUUCCAUCAUCGUUGUUGCCAGGAAGUUGUUGACAUAUGGAAUAAAGAUUUUCACUCAGCUCCUCAAGAGAGAAAGAUAUCUUUGCUGUACCUUGCAAAUGAUAUUAUGCAGAAUAGUAAGAAGGAUGGCAUGAGAUAUAUACAUGAGUUCUUGAAGGUCAUCGCUGCUGCCUUAGAUGACCUGUUCACCAAUGGUGAUGAUUUUGGACGAAAUGUUGUAAAAAGACUGGUUGACAUAUGGGAAGAUCGCAAGUUGUUUGGCACCCAAGGACAACUCCUAAAGGAAGAAUACACCCGCAAAUUUAAGGAGCUAAAGUCGAAAAAACCAGGUGGAGAGCUGGUGGAGAAGGUUAUAUCGAGCUACAAGCAUAUGCUGCGGGCACCUGUAGAUGAGGCCAAGUUGAUGAGAGAAUGCAACAGUGCUCUAAGCUUUGUUGACAACCUGAACAAAGAGUACGGAAAUUCGUACUUAGGGAGCAGCAAUGGAUAUAGCUUUGUGGAGGAGCUGAAGGAACAACAUAGUAUUCUGAGAAACACCAUUGAACGAUUCAAAAUGUCUGAAUCACUCAGGGCCACUCUGGUAUCUGAUUUGAAGGAAGCACUCCAUGAGCAGGAGUUUAAGACAGAACUUGUCAGACACCAACUUCGGGCAGCUCAGGUCAGAUAUAGGAAAGCUGAUGACCUCUGCCAGAAGCUCGGAAUAGAUGUACCAAGGCACGAGCCAUCUAAUGGGGUUGAGAACUCCAGUCUCUCUGAAGUGCCUGCUACUUUUCCCCCAGUUUCAGCUAAUGCUAAUUCUGUCGAGAAGGGACGGUCGACUGCAGUGAUGUAUUCACGGGAAGGAGAUGGAGGUGAGCCUGAGACCCUCAACGGCGGUUUUUCUUCACGAGCCACCAGGGACAACUUUGAGCAGAAAAUAGAAGGGCACCCUCCUGUUACUAAGAGGCAGAAGAUAGAGAAUGGUAUAUCUGUUCCUCAGCCUGAAGCACCCCCACCGCCACCCCCACUCCCGUAUCCUGAUACAUUUGAACAUCCACCACCACCGCCUCAGUAUCCUCCAUCACCAGAGUCUAGCCCACCACCACUUCCACCUUCAAUGCCGCCCCCAAUCCCACCACCACCACCACCUUCUACAGAUGCAUUUAUGCCAGUUCCUGCUCUUCCAAUGGGAGGAAUGCCAUAUUUCCCACCGUUUCCUCCACCCGUAAACUAUCCCAUGAUCAACAUGCCACCGCCUUUCCCUGGUGCCCCAAACCCUCCUCAUCCAGGUUUCCUUGGAUUUGGGGGUCCCUUCUAUGGCCCGCCUUUCCCCUCGGCCCCCCACCAAUGAACAGGAAAUGAGAGUAGUUCCCUUAUCUGCAGAUUAGUAGCGCCAGUCAGCCAGCAUAUGAGAUCGUGGUACAUGGAGCUUUGGAAAACUUGCCAUAGGUUUCGUUUCAUCCUCAAAGGACAUAUGGUUCGUGAUGAUUCAUCACUGUAAAAUGUGUUGUGGAGCUUGGAAAGCUGUCCCAGUGUUGUACAUUUUAGCCAGUUAGCCUGAUAUUAGCUUGCGCAGACAGGUAGUUAAGUCAACUGAUCUAGUUGUUCCGAGCUUGGUCAUGGAGUCAAAACUAUAGAUUUCAACAUGUUUGGAUUCUGUUGCUCUGUCUCUGUCUGCCAGACAAACUCAGAAAUUCUGAAAGACAGAUGCUUUCUAGCAUGACUUGUUGGUAACUUGUUACCUGUGUUCAUCGCGCCAUCAUCAUGACAGAGAAAUACAUAGCUGUUUUUGUGA